GAUGGCCUGGGAGCUGCUGCGCGGCGGGGUACGGCGCUUCCCCUGGCUCUGCAACGUGCUGCUCUACGGCGGGCUCUUCGCGGCGGGCGACGCGGCCCAGCAGCUGUGGCGGCGGCGGCGGGGGCAGCCGCUGGACUGGGCGCAGACGCGGCGCGUAGCGGUGGUGGCCCUCGCCUUCCACGGCAACUUCAGCUACAUCUGGCUGCGGGCGCUGGAGCGGGCGCUGCCCGGCCGCCGCCCGACCGCUGUCCUCGGCAAGGUGCUCUGCGACCAGCUUCUCGGUGCGCCCGUCGCUGUCCUUGCCUUCUACACGGGUAUGAGUAUUCUGCAGAGGAAAGAGGAUAUCUUCUCAGACUGUAAAAAGAAAUUUUGGAAUACAUAUAAGACAGGACUGAUGUACUGGCCUUUUGUGCAGCUUUCAAACUUCAUUUUGGUCCCUGUUUACCUGCGAACAGCCUACACUGGGCUCUGUGGCUUUGUCUGGGCUACCUUCAUUUGCUUUUCCCAACAGAGUGGAGAUGGCACAGCAAAGUCAGCAUUUAUGUGGCUCCAAAGAGAGGUCAAUGCAGAUGAAGAAUCAUCAGAGAAAUAAGAACUUUAGUUAUGAACACAUUCUAAAUAGUUAACUGAGUUUAUAAAAGGCAGUAAAGCACACUGAAGCCUCAUUGCUGUGUUCAGAAUAAUCAGUCAUCUCAACAUUUGUUGAUUAGUAUAAGCAGUGGAAUGGUUUGUCCUUGUGCCUGGUUAUUUUUCAUAAAAGAGGCCAAUUGUAUAUUGACUUUUAAUUAUUUUCAUGCUGCCAGCCCAUCUCUUUUGGGAACAAUCGACUUACAGGACAGUCCAAGCAUUUGCACAUCAUGUCAGACCACCUCGCUGGGGAGAAAUAUUAACCGUAAGUUCAUUUUCAAGCAAAUCGUAAUUUCUAGAAAAAAGGGAAUAGAACAUGAAAGCAUCGGUUGUUGGACUUGACAAUUGUUAUCAGUGCAAGACUGCUUUUGCAGAACGAAAUCUAAUGGGUUUCUUAUCUAAGAAGUGGCAUUGAAUCUGUUUUAUUGAGAGCAAAUUCAUUAAUUCAUUGAAUGUAAAAAAUCUGAAAUAUAUCUGUACAGCUUUUAUCUUAACUGGGAGAAUAAAGAUAACUAAGUUUGGGCAGAGUUCUAUAGGGUGGAUGCUGUGUAGUCACACUUGGGAGAAGCAUCAGUCAUAAGCAGCUCCUGCACAAUAAAACCUAACUAAACACUGCAGUGAGCUUUUGCUUUGUCUAUGACUUCUUCCUUUGCCCCUCAAGGAUCAAAGUAUUGAAGAGUACAUGGGAGUCUUGACACUUUCACUCUUUUCUGCUGUUCCAUUGUGUUCAAGAUAUAAUUAAGAUUUUGAAGAAAAAGAGCAUGGGAAGGAAGGUAAUGUGAGUGCAAGAAUCCAUCUCAAAACAAUCCAGCUAUACAUAAAGAACUUCCCUUUCUUUUUCAAACGGAUUUUAAACAUUCCUGUUCAUAAAAUACACUGUGUAACUGCACACAGGAGACUAGGAAAAAGGGAAAAUUAAUUAUAGAACUGUUUUGUUAGCUGAGGAUCAGGUCUGAAUGCAAGUGUGCUCACUGGUAUUUUUUAAAUGUGCAUAUCUAUCUCAGAACAGGGGCUGUUCAGAUUUCUGUGACUGCAGUAAAUUGAAAUCAAACCAGUAAAGGAGCCUUUGGUUCAUUCAAAUGGGAUUUUAUGCCUUUAAGUUGUUAAAUGGUAAGCUUGAAAUAAUAUCUUACUUAAACCAUCUUAAUGAUAAUUGUAAAGACAAGACUCAACCCUCUUUUUUACGAGAUAAUAAACCACUUUGAGGAAUGUCUGAAUUCCUCAGUCAUCUCUCAAUAGUAAAAUAAAGCCUGCUUAGGCUAUAAGCAUACAUUCCUUUAGCCAGCAGCUGUACUACUCACUAUAUCGCUUACAAUUAUUUGUCAUUGUGGGAGCCCAGUGCUGCUUAGCUCAGACAGGAAAUGGGAUCAGUGCAAAACCUGCCCAGUCAACCUGUUUAGGAUAACCCAGUGGUCAAGAGUGAUGCAAGAUACCUGUAUGGCUUUGACUACAGGACUUAAUGGGAAGAGGGUAGACGGCAGGGAGCUGCUUCUACAGUCUGUUUUGCUGGCAGAGAGGUGGAGAAGGUAGUUGCCCUCUCAGGACAGACAGGUCAUUCCAAUUCCAUCUACCGCUGCACAGGCAGACAUGGAAGAGGACACCUGUCUAUAAACUUAAGGUUAAAUUAAUUUUAAUUGACUUCCACCACCUGUAGUGUGGACAUCUGCAACAUGGCUAAUCGGUUUAAGCUCUGUUUACAGUCAAUGGUGGAAAAUAGGUAGUUUUAGACAUUUGUUUUAAGGUAUGGCGAAUUGUACAUUGUGUGUACCUUUACUACAGAAGUGUCUACUUUCCAUCGAUAACACAGAGUCUCAGGUGACUGGCUGCUGUGUAGUUAGCUUCACUGUAGAUGCUCAUAUGUGGUGAAUUGAAUUCCUCUGAUUGGUGUCUAUCCUACAUGUCCCUGGGGGAACAAUUUUGUGGGUGUUGCUGCAUGAAACCCACAGAGGGAACUGGGCGGUCCUGAUGCUGGGCAUCCCAGUAGGAGUCGAAAUCCACAGAGGAACUAACUGUGUUUUAUCUGGCUACUUAAAAAAUGAAAGAUGAGUGAAUAGAUGUUUCAGACAGUUGUAGUUGUUAAAUUAUUAUUGUGUGUAUGAAGUCCUCAGGAUAAAGAAGCAAUUUCAGUAGUGUUUUUUCUGUUGAUAUUUUUAGGAUCUGAAUAGUGUUUUAAAGUCUGUAUUCAGUGAGACUUAGAAGUGUCAAAUAAGGUGUACUAAUUAAGUAUUAGACCUUUUUAUAGAAGCUAUUUAUUUUUUUUUUCUGCUUGUGCCUUAAGUGUUUCAUGAUUAAUAGAAUUCACUUGCAGAAGGGAACUGGAAAGUAAUGACAUUAAAAGGAAUAGUGUUGGUUUGCUGUAAGUAGUGUGUGGUGUUCUGCUACAACUCAGUGCAAAAAACAUUUCUACAUGGGUAUUGCUGGUAAAACUUAAUCCCCAGGUGAAUUAAGAAUUUAAAACUUAUUUUCAUGAUCUGUAUAAUGCUGAUGCUUUUCUCCAGCAGGAGUACUUAAUGAAUGGAAGAUCCAUCUUUUAUUUUAAAUGGCUUAAAAACUUAAAGAAGCUGUGCUUUAUUGCUCUAUGCUUUUGUGCUACUAGCUUUUUGCUUGGGAAUUUGACCUAAAUCCUGCUUUGUCUUCUAGUUUCUCUGACUGCUGGCUUCAGGGUUUCUCUCCAUGUUUCCAUUACUUGAAGUACAGUUCUUUCAUGUAAUGGAAGCCUGUAGCGUUUCACUUCCACAGUUUCUCAUGUUAAGGGACCUGACAGUUAAGUAACCCAACUCCUUUUUCAUAUAUAUUUUUUUUUUUAAUUACAAGCAUGGAUUUGUCUUAAAAACGUUUCAGACCCACAUAAUACAAAACAAUGAAGCUGUGUUGGGGCAAAUUCUCAGUCUGCAUAAAUUAAUGCAUAAUCUAAAGAUUUUCUGCCUCUUAUCAAUCUAGUUUGAGGAUCUAAUGUCUUGUUAAAGACUUCAUUUUUUUUUUUGACAAUUUUUUUGGCUUAGGAGAUUAAUUUAACAGAAUAACAGAAUGGUUGAGGUUGGAAAGGACUUCUGGAUGUUCAGCCUAAGUCAUCUAGUCCAGCUGUAUUUGACAUAUAUAUUAACUUUUGUUUGCUUCUUAGAGUAAUUAAGUGAUUUCUUAAAGAAAAAAAGAUGUACAAGAGUUUUCCUUUCAAAAACAGUCGUAUGGAUUUAUGACUAUUUCAAGGAAUUGCACUGAUCUUCUUGCCAGCUGAACAUGCAGAUUUCCAUAACCAGAAAAAGGAACAGAAUUACGUAGGUGCUCUGGAAGGAAGGAACACAAUAGCUACUAGGCAUGCAUUCAGGUGACGUUUUCAUGUUAUGUGUCCUCUCUAACAGCAAAUGGGAUGAAAAGACUUUUAUACCAGGUGCAGUUCCAACUUUGUGUUAUUCUGGAUUGCUGUGGAGAUGUAGAGCCUGAAUUUGAUAAAAUGAUAAUGUAAAAAUGUAUUUUUGUACUGCAAAUCUUUUAUGCAAAUAUACCUCCUGUGCUUACUGGUAUGUGAAAUACAUCCUUCUAGGUUUGGAAAAUUCACCAGAAGGUCUUUUUCUGGUCUUUUUCACACUAGAAACAACCAUCCGGUAACACAGCAUAAACCAGUUUCAUACUGCAGUGAAGGUGAAACUGCCUGUAGUUUGUUACUGUAUCUGAUAUGUUCUCUAUAUAGCACAACCUUUGAAAUCUAUGCAGCUUCAGCCUUCUGAUUCUCUGCUGUGCCAAUGCUUUCUGCUCAUGCUCCUGCCUCUUCUGCUAGUGCCAAUUAAGUAGGAUGUGCAAGAAAUACUUGGAUUUGAGUAAAAUAAUUCAUCUCAAGUUGACUGAAAAAUGUCUGGUUUUGCAAAGACUUAAUAAACAUUAAAUGCUGU